GCCGGCUGUGUAUGCGCCGCAACGUUCGCAGGAUCACCGCCGGCGAGGCUAUCCUGUUCACUGGUCUUUGAUAUUGGCACUGUGGAGUUAGUCGAGCUGAAAUGUCACCAGAAGUUGCCUUGAAUAGAAUUUCUCCUGCACUUCGUCCCUUUAUCUCCAAUGUGGUUAGAAAUGGCAAAAUUGGCUUGGAUGCCACAAACAAUCUCAAAAUAACAGACCUUAAGUCAGGAUGCACAUCAUUAACACCUGGACCCUGUUGCGACCGGUUUAAGCUGCACAUUCCAUAUGCCGGAGAGACGCUAAAAUGGGACAUUAUUUUCAACUGUCAUUAUCCAGACCUUCCUCCAGAUUUCAUCUUUGGAGAAGAUAUUGAUUUUCUGCCUGAACCCACAUUGCUUCAUCAUCUGAAUGGCUGGAACUCCCAGAAUCCCGACUGUCUCCUGCUUGUCAUUAAAGAGCUGGUGCAGCAGUACCACAAAUACCAAUGUGAUCGACUCCACGAGAGCUCGCGCCUUAUGUUUGAGUAUACGGCACUGCAAGAGGGGCCUGAAUUUGGAGACAACAUGGAAAUCUACGCAGGAAGAAAGAAUAAUUGGACAGGCGAAUUCUCUGCUCGCUUCCUUUUGAAACUGCCGGUGGAUUUCAGCAAUAUCCCAACGUACCUUCUCAAGGACACAAUUGUAGACCCGGGAGAAGAUGUCGCUCUCCUCUCUGUCAGUUUUGAGGAUGCUGAAGCCACUCAAGUGUUUCCCAAACUGUAUCUGUCUCCUAGGAUUGAACAUGCGCUCGGAGGGAACUCAGCUCUCCACAUCCCACCAUUCCCCAGCGGUGGCUGUCUCAUUGAUUACGUGCCUCAAGUUUGCCAAUUACUCACCAACAAGGUACAGUACAUCAUUCAAGGCUACCACAGGAGAAGAGAGUACAUCGCAGCCUUUUUGAGUCACUUUGGAACAGGUGUUGUCGAAUAUGAUGCUGAAGGAUUUACCAAACUCACAUUAUUAUUAAUAUGGAAGGACUUUUGCUUUUUAGUUCAUAUUGAUUUGCCCUUAUACUUUCCACGAGAUCAACCUACUUUGACGUUCCAGUCUGUGUACCAUUUCACCAAUAGUGGACAGCUCUAUCAGCAGAUACAGAAAUCCUACCCUUACAGUCCACGCUGGGACGGCAAUGAGAUGGCCAAGAGAGCAAAGGCGUACUUCAAAACCUAUGUUCUUCAAUUCCAGGAGGCAGCUUUCGCAAAUGGCAAGUUGUAGUAGACGCCAGGUUCCAGAAGGAAACCCAUCAGACACUUGAUUUGUUUAUAUCAAGAAGUCCUUUGCAAUUUCCUUUCACUCUUCCUCAUGUGCUGAAGUGUAACUGUGAGGACAUUGAUUGCCAGGGGCCGCAAAUCGUUUUGGGUGCCCAUGCAAUAUUCUGGAGAUAUAAAGGUUGCUUCUGUUGUACAUCCAGUUAAAAGCCUGUAUCACACGCAACGUAAAGUGUCUGAAUUGAUGAGAAAAAUGUUGCGAGUUACAAUAAACACUCCAUGAAAAACCAAAA